AAGGGAUGUAUACUUGAAGUUGAUUUAGAUUAUCCCGAUAGUCUACAUGACAAACACAACGAUUUACCAUUUUGUUCAGAGAAUAAACGAGUUGGAACUACCAAUAAAUUAAUCAAUGAUUUUAGUCCAAAGAGAAAUUAUGUGAUUCAUUAUAAAAACCUUUUGCAAGCUAUUCAGCAGGGUUUGGUGUUAAAGAAAAUUCAUCGUGUAGUUACUUUCAAAGAAAGCGAUUGGCUUGCCUCUUAUAUAGAACUAAAUACCAACUUGAGAAAGAAAGCAAAGAACGAAUUUGAGAAAGACUUUUUCAAGCUAAUGAACAAUUCUGUAUUUGAUAUGGAUAAAGUUAUGAAACUGGCUGGUAGCAAUAAUUUCAAACAGAGACAUAUUGUGAACAACAAUUUGAUUUUAGUGGAAAUGACUCAGAAAAGUAUUAAAUUAGACAAGCCUAUUUAUGUUGGGAUGUCUAUUCUUGAUUUAAGUAAGUAUCUCAUGUACGAGUUUCACUACGAUGUUAUGCUUCCAAAAUAUUCUUCGAAUUUGAGAUUGUGUUAUCAAGAUACUGAUUCUUAUAUCUAUGAAAUUAAAACUGAUGAUGUUUAUGAAGAUAUGCAGUCUAUGAAGGAACAUUUUGAUUUCUCGGAUUAUCCUACAGACAAUAAGCUGUAUAGUAUUGAGAACAAAAAAGUUAUUGGUAAAUUCAAAGAUGAGUUGAAUGGCAAAAUAAUGACUGAGAUCGUUGCCUUCAGACCUAAGCAAUAUGCUUUCAAAAUUGAUGAUGGAUCUGAGCAAAAGAAGAAUAAAGGAAUAAAAAAGUCUGUAGUCAAAAAGGAAAUGACUUUCAAUGAUUAUAAAAAUUGUUUAGAAAAUAGAACGAUUGAAAGAAAACAGCAAACGCUUAUUUCCUCCAGCAAACAUGAAAUUAGUAGUGUAAGACAAAAUAAAGUUGUCUUAAAUAAUAUAAUUGGUAAGGAUAAGGAGACUAAAAGAUAUUUUGUAGAUAACAUAAACUCCCUAGCUUUUGGACACUAUCGAAUC